AUGGUAUGCAUGGUUCUUGGAGCAAAUCCUCCAAUGGCAGUGUUUGAAGGCUUCAUUAAAAGGGUUUGGGGUCAUCUAGGGAUAGCCCAAAUUUCUAGAAUGACUUUGGGGCUUACUUUGGAGAAGUUCAAUGAUGAAGCAACCAGAGACCAUGUCCUUGAGAAUGGAGUUCUUCAAUUUGAUAGGAAACCUGUCAUUGUGAGGCCAUGGACAGCAGAUCUUAGUGCGAUUCGCUUGAUUCGUUCGGUUCCGCUCUGGAUUCGUCUUCAUGAUCUUGGUUUGCAGUAUUGGGGUAGCAUGUGUAUCAGUGCUUUGGGAAGCACGAUUGGCAAACCUCUUCUAGUAGAUAAAUUUACUAAGGAGCGUUCACGUGUUCAAUUUGCGAGGGUGUUAGUGGAGAUGGAAAUCACAGAUAAUCCUCCUCGUAGCUUUCAGUUUAUCAAUGAACAUGGUCAGGUGGUUGAACAAGGAAUAGAGUAUGAGUGGUUACCUACUAAGUGUAAGAGCUGCUCUGGUUUUGGGCAUACUAUGGCAGAGUGUCGGAAGGACCAUAAUGCAGUUUGGGUGGAAAAAGUAGCUCAUUCUAAAGCUAAGAAACCUUUGGAUAAACAAGAAGGUUCAGAGGGAGCUAAAGAAGGGCAUCCAGGCGAGGAAGUGGAGGGGUCUAAACCUGGUGAAGAUUCAGAAACGGGUGAGGGUGAUGUGACUCUAUCAGAGGAGACUAAUUCUGGGUUGGUUAUGGAGCGGAACAGGGAAGUGAAAUGGAAAACUCCCAGGCGUGUUAUUUCUCAGAGACAGGGUCACAUUGCUUGUAGUACCUCUAAUAUGGCUGCUCUGGUUCAAAAACAGAAAAAUCAAUUUGGUGUUCUGCAGGAACAGGAAAGGGGUAGAAAGUUUGGGUAUCUUGAAGGUAGUUCUUCUAAUGGAUAA